AUGAGCUCCUUAAAAUUCGUGGUGUCCUCUCUGGACGCCAUUGCGACUUCUAAAGAUGCCCAGCGAAACAAGCAGCUGGCCGACCUGACCAAGACAGCCCUCGAUGCCAUCAAAGAGCAGGAUCAGCUGCCCGACCCCGAGAUUGUAUUCGCGCCUCUCCAGCUCGCAACCAAGACCGGCAGCCCGCAGCUCACAACGACAGCGCUCGAUUGCAUUGGAAAGCUGAUAUCCUAUUCAUACUUCUCCCUCCCUGCCAAGGACGAUGGGCACAAGGAAGGCGCCGAACCGGCAUCCCCGCUAAUUGAACGAGCCAUCGAUACCAUCUGCGACUGUUUCCUAGGCGAGACGACGGCCGUCGAGAUCCAGCUGCAGAUUGUCAAGUCACUCCUAGCGGCCGUCCUGAAUGACAAGAUCGUUGUUCAUGGCGCAGGCCUGCUCAAGGCUGUGCGCCAGACCUACAACAUUUUCCUGCUCUCUCGGAGCACGGCCAAUCAGCAGGUUGCACAGGGCACUCUCACCCAGAUGGUUGGCACCGUUUUCGAGCGAGUCAAGACUAGACUUCACAUGAAGGAAGCCAGAUUGAGCCUGGACAACCUGAAGCAUGGCGCAAGCAAUGUUACUUUUGAACAAUCCGAGGUUGCCAACGGCACCCGCCUUAGUGAUGACGGGGAAGACGCUUCGACUUCGGCUUCGCAGCUGGAUAGCAACGAAGCAUCGGAAGAGCCGGCCAAUGCUGCGAAACUCACAUUAAAAGAUUUAGAGCAUCGCAAGAGCUUUGACGAUUCGACCCUUGGCGAAGGACCUACUAUGGUUACGCGAAUCAAGUCAGAAAAGAAAGAUGACAGCAAUGUGUCCGUGUCAGGGCAAUCUGGUCCGCAGGAGGACAGCGAUGCGCUAGACGCUGAAGAUGAGGUGUACAUCCGGGAUGCCUAUCUCAUCUUCCGAUCUUUCUGCAAUCUGUCGACCAAAGUUCUGCCCCCUGAGCAGCUUUUCGACUUGCGAGGUGGAGCGAUGCGCUCCAAGCUCGUUUCUUUGCACCUCAUCCACACCCUUCUAAACAACAACAUUGCUGUUUUCACCUCGCCUCUUUGUACCAUUAGGAGCUCCAAGAGCAAUGAGCCCACCACUUUUCUUCAGGCCAUUAAAUUUUAUCUUUGUCUUAGCAUUACGCGGAAUGGAGCCAGUUCGGUGGAUAAAAUCUUUGAUAUCUGCUGUGAGAUUUUUUGGCUCAUGCUCAAAUACAUGCGCCCCUCGUUCAAGAAAGAAAUUGAGGUCAUUCUCAACGAGAUUUAUUUGGCACUCUUGUCUCAGAAGAAUGCCCCGCUAACACAGAAACUCUACUUUGUUUCCAUCCUAAACCGCCUCUGCGCUGAUCCGAGGGCUUUGGUUGAGACGUAUCUCAACUAUGACUGCGAUCAGUCUGUAGAGAACAUCUUCCAAACUGUCAUUGAAGAUCUCUCCAAAUUUGCGACGGCGCCCGUCUCGAUAACAUCCAUACAUGAACAGGCGUAUGAGGAGUAUCGAGGGAAGACUGCGCCGGCGAGCGAGUGGCAGCUCAAGGGUAUCCUCCCCCCGUCGCUCACCGUUGCGCAGAUUAUCCCGCACCAGGAGAAUGAAGCCGACUACCCCAAAGAAUACGCAAUCAAACGCCUAUCACUGGAGGCCCUUGUCGAGACGCUGCGCUCGUUGGUAAAUUGGUCUGCCUCUGUACGCUCAGAUAGCGAAAAUGUUCGCACGGAUGCAGAUGCCAGAACCUCUUUUGAUGAGCUACGGCCGUCCAUCGACCCCACAAGCGAAAGCGCUUCUCGGCUUGACACGCCCCUGCCCCCUUCGACUCCCGUGUUGGAGGAUGACCCGGAUUAUCUCAGCAAAGAAAAGGCCAGGAAAACGGCCCUCAUGAAGGGAAUCAGGCAAUUCAACUUCAAGCCUAAGAAGGGAAUUGAGCUGCUCCUUCGCGAUGGCUUCAUCGCGAGCGAUUCACCUCAAGAUAUAGCCACUUUUUUGCUCAGUGAAGACAAACUGGAUAAGGCGCAAAUCGGAGAAUAUCUCGGUGAAGGAGAUCAGAAAAAUAUCGAUACCAUGCACGCAUUUGUGGACUCUAUGGAAUUCGCCAAGAAGCGUUUCGUUGAUGCCCUUCGUCAGUUCUUACAGUCGUUCCGUCUACCAGGAGAGGCCCAGAAAAUCGAUCGGUUUAUGCUCAAGUUUGCCGAGCGUUACGUGCUUGGUAACCCGAACGCUUUUGCCAACGCCGACACGGCGUAUGUACUGGCGUACUCGGUGAUCUUACUGAAUACAGAUUUGCACAGCAGCAAGAUCGCCAAGAGAAUGACCAAGGAGGAAUUCAUUCGAAACAAUGCAGGCAUUAAUGACAAUGCGGAUUUGCCUCAUGACUAUCAAAUCUCCAUCUAUGAAGAAAUUGCCAGUAACGAAAUUGUUUUGAAGAGCGAGCGAGACAUUGCGGCUGCCCAGGGCAAUCUUCCUACCCAACCAAGCGGCUUGGCUGCAGGCUUGGGACAAGCCUUCUCAAAUGUAGGCCGAGAUCUGCAGCGGGAAGCCUAUAUGCAGCAGUCAGAGGAGAUUGCGCUGCGUUCAGAGCAGCUCUUCAAAAACUUGUUCAAGAGCCAGCGACGAAACGCCUCCAAGACUACUCCCAAGUAUAUCGAAGCAACAUCCUUCAAGCAUGUCGAGGCCAUGUUUGAUAUCACAUGGAUGUCCAUCUUCUCUGCGCUUUCGGGGCAGAUGCAAAAAGCACACAACCUCGAAGUUAAUAAGCUGUGCCUAGAGGGCAUGAGGCUGGCAACCCAGAUUGCCUGUCUCUUCAAUCUCUCAACGCCUCGAGAAGCAUUCAUUUCCGCACUUCGAAAUGCCACAAACUUGAACAACCCCCAGGAGAUGCAAGCGAAAAAUAUUGAAGCCUUGAAAGUGAUCUUGGACCUCGCUCAGACAGAGGGCAAUGUUCUGCAAGAGUCAUGGAAGGAUAUUCUCAUGUGUAUCAGUCAAUUGGAUCGACUGCAGUUGAUCUCUGGCGGCGUUGAUGAGAGCGCCAUCCCAGAUGUGUCCCAGGCGCGCUUCAUUCCUCCUCAGCGAUCCGGGACAUCGGAAUCUCGCUCAUCUAUGCAGUUGAAAAACAGACCACGACAGAGAUCUGCUACUGGCCCCAGGGGCUUUUCUCACGAGAUUGCUCUCGAGAGCCGCUCAGAUGAGCUUAUUCGAAGCGUCGAUCGAAUAUUCUCCAGCACGGCAGACCUUUCGGGUGAAGCCAUGGUUUAUUUUGCCAAAGCCUUGACAGAGGUUAGCUGGGACGAGAUCAAGGUUUCGGGUUCCAACGACUCCCCUCGGACAUACAGUCUGCAGAAGAUUGUCGAAAUCAGCUACUACAACAUGAAUCGUGUGAGAUUUGAGUGGAGCAAUAUUUGGGUAGUACUUGGCGAGCACUUCAACCAGGUCGGAUGCCAUAACAACAUGAACAUUGUUUUCUUUGCUUUGGAUUCUUUAAGACAGCUGUCCAUGCGAUUCAUGGAGAUUGAAGAGCUUGCGGGAUUCAAGUUCCAAAAGGAUUUCCUAAAGCCAUUUGAGCAUGUGCUGUCCAACUCGCACAAUAUUACAGUCAAAGACAUGGUACUGCGAUGCCUUAUUCAAAUGAUUCAAGCGCGAGGAGAUAAUAUCCGUUCUGGAUGGAGGACUAUGUUUGGUGUCUUCACCGUUGCUGCUCGUGAACCGUACGAGAGUAUUGUCUAUCUUGCAUACGAGAACGUUAGCCAGGUUUACAAGGAAAAAUUCGGCGUCGUCAUUUCUCAAGGAGCGUUUACGGACCUCAUUGUCUGCUUGACAGAGUUUUCGAAGAAUCUCAAAUUCCAGAAAAAGAGUCUAGGCGCUUUGGAGCUGCUGAAAUCGAUUAUUCCAACAAUGCUCAAAACACCAGAGUGCCCGUUGUCGCAUCAGCCGUGGAAUACUUCCUCGUCGAAUGAUGGGCCCGUAGAACCUCUCAAAAAGGGGCAGACAAAAACAUCCAUGGAGGAGGGCUAUUGGUUCCCUGUGCUGUUCGCCUUCCAUGAUGUGCUAAUGACUGGCGAAGACCUUGAAGUCCGUUCAAAUGCACUCGAGUAUUUCUUUGCUGCACUCCUCAAAUAUGGAGGUGGGUUUACCCAGCCAUUUUGGGAUAUUCUUUGGCGACAACAACUCUACCCCAUCUUCAUGGUUCUGCGUUCAAGACCAGAGAUGACAAACGUUCUCAAUCACGAAGAGUUGUCCGUCUGGCUGUCUACUACCAUGAUUCAAGCUCUGCGCAACAUGAUCACGCUGUUUACACACUACUUUGAUGCGCUGGAAUAUAUGCUGGACAGAUUCUUGGAGCUGCUCGCCCUCUGCAUUUGUCAAGAAAAUGACACCAUAUCACGCAUUGGUAGUAACUGUUUACAACAGCUGAUACUGAAAAACGUGACGAAGUUUAAUCUGGUACACUGGUCUAAGAUCGUUGGAGCAUUUUGUGAGCUAUUCGAGCGGACAACAGCAUACCAACUCUUUACUGCGGCAAAUAUGGAAGCAACUACUUCCAUGUCAAUGUCGUCAUCUAAUGGAUUGGAAUUCACCUCGCCUCUCAGCCCAACUGUUGCCGAAACUCCUUCUGCUGGGGAUGAAAACACGUUGAAGAUCAAUAGCGGAGACGAGAACGGCGCUUCCGACACAGAGUCUAUUCAUCACCCAACUCUGCACAAACUAGACGAUGAUGAGGCACAGACCCCAGCGGCUCAUGCCACCAACGGACAGCAGUUGGAAGAGUUCAAACCAACUUCCAGUCUUCAGCAGCAACCUGUCGUCGUGACAGCUGCUCGCCGGCGAUUCUUCAACCGCAUCAUCUCCCGCUGUGUCCUGCAGCUUCUCAUGAUUGAGACGGUCAACGAGCUCUUUAGCAACGACACCGUAUACGCAAACAUCCCUUCAACCGAACUCUUGCGACUCAUGGGUCUGUUGAAGCGCUCUUUCCAGUUCGCACGCCGCUUCAAUGAAGAUAAAGAGCUCCGAAUGAAGCUCUGGCGAGAAGGAUUCAUGAAGCAGCCGCCUAACCUGUUGAAGCAGGAAAGCGGUGCUGCGGCGACAUACGUGUCUAUCCUAUUCAGGAUGUUUAUAGAUGAUGCACCUGAAAGGUUGAAGAGCAGACCCGACAUCGAAGCCGCUCUGGUGCCUCUGUGCGAGGACAUAAUCACGGGAUACUCUUUGCUGGCUGAAGAAAGCCAGCAGAGAAACAUUGUUGCAUGGAGACCAGUCGUCGUUGACGUGCUUGAGGGAUUCGCUACUUUCCCCGAAGAUGCUUUCAAGACCCACUUGCACUCUUUCUACCCGCUCGCCAUUGACUUGCUCCAAAAGGACUUGACGGCGGAUUUGCGCGGUGCGCUACUUGCGGUUUUACGGAGGGUCGGCGAGGUAUCUCUUGGAAUUGAAGGAUUGGUCAAGGCCGGGGACAAGAGGCGGGACAGCACGGUCAGCACCAAUGCUGAUGAACUUCCGCUUGGCAGGUCUGAAGCGGCUGCACGGAAGAUGCUGUAA